GACACAUUAGAAGUUCAAACUCCUUUGAACGCGAGUAAACCGGGAACUGUCCUAUCUUCUCCUCCUCCUCCUGUACAAGAUCACAGUGGCGAUGAAACGGAUGUGGUGUCUGAAGAAGCAAAGAAUACGCAGAAGCAGCCAGUAUCCAGUAGGUCAGGUGAGAGGAGAACUGAGGGACAACAAGAACAGAUAAAGGAAACCACACACGGUCCUCAACAAGAGAACCACAAUACAGAACCAAAUGUCGCAGGUACAACAAGUACUGACUCCCAUGUUACUGCUGACUCAAACCCACAUCCUACUAGAGAUGCAUCACCUAGUGAAAUAACUCAAUCUGGUUUAUCUACUGAUUAUUCAAAGACAUUAAAUACCACGAGGACAGAACCCAACAGUACCACUGAUAAUGUGACAACGGCAGAGAAUGAAUCAACAAAUGGUGUCGCUACUAUUGGUGCAUCAGCAGAAGGGAACACCACAGCAAACAAGACCCCUGUCACUCUCAAUACCACCAGUAAUGAGGACUCAGCCUCAACUACCACCAACACCAAUACAAUUCCUACUAUCCCUGGAAUCAGCAAUAACACCAUAAUGCCAAAUUUGAAGGGUGAUGCAGAUAGCAGCAGCAGUAUCAGCAGAUCUGUGUGGGUGCGUGUACCACUACUGAUUGUGGUUACACUGGCCUGUAUUCUUGUGUGCUGA